UGAAGCUGCGAGUAGUGGAGGCUGCAGAGCGGACCGCAGGGCAGUGCCUGGCCAUGGCGAGCGUUCACGAGAGCCUGUAUUUUAACCCCAUGAUGACCAAUGGCGUAGUGCAUGCUAAUGUGUUUGGUAUCAAGGACUGGGUGACCCCAUACAAGAUCUCCGUGCUAGUGCUGCUGAGCGAGAUGACCAAGAACAGGGAGAUGGCAGCGGUGGAAAAGAGACGGCUGAAAAAGCAGAUCCUGCCGCUUCUGCAGGGUCCGGACAUGUCACUUUCAAAGCUGAUUAAGAUCGUCAAUGAAUGUUGUCCAAAUGUGGCAAGUUCGCUGCAAAUCAGGAUAAAACUCAUGGCAGAAGGAGAGCUGAAAGACAUGGAGCAGUUUUUUGAUGAGCUUUCAGACUCAUUCUCAGGGACUGAACCCGACGUGCACAAAACAAGUGUUGUGGGUCUAUUUCGUCGCCACAUGAUCUUGGCCUACAACAAACUUUCAUUCAGUCAGGUGUAUAAGUUGUACACCUCACUGCAGAAUUACUUUCGGUGUAAUAAAGCUAAGAAGACCUCAAAGAAUGAAGAGGCAGAAAUGGAGCUCACCAACACUGAGGAGGAAAAUGAGGAGGAACAAGAAUUAGGUGAAGAACGAGAGAUGGAGAAAGAAGACCUUGACUGUCCUAUUGGAGACGAAGAAUUGGCAUGUAGUGGGCCUCUAUCCCAAAAGCAAGCAGAGUAUUUCCUUUCCCAUCAGGCCUCAUUACUGAAGAAUGAUGAAAGCAAAGCACUAUCACCUGUCUUGUUGCAAAAAGAGUUGAACAAUCUACUGAAGUUUAAUCCAGACUUUGCUGAAGCUCAUUACCUAAGCUAUUUAAAUAGUCUGCGUGUCCAAGAUGUGUUCAGUUCGACCCAUAGCCUGCUUCAUUACUUUGACCGUCUAAUCCUCACCGGUGCAGAAAGUAAGAGCAAUGGGGAUGAAGGUUAUGGACGGAGCCUACGAUAUGCUGCACUCAACCUGGCUGCACUCCAUUGUCGCUAUGGACAUUAUCAUCAAGCGGAGCUGGCCCUGCAAGAAGCCAUAAGGAUAGCACAAGAAUCAAGUGACCACGUCUGCCUGCAGCACUGUCUGAGUUGGUUGUACAUAUUGAAGAACAGAAAAGGUGAGGAUAGCAGCGUGUUUCUGGAACACUCUGUAAAGAAAGCUGUGCACUUUGGGCUGCCAUUCCUUGCUUCCCUUGGUAUUCAGUCUUUGGUCCAGCAAAGGGCAUUUGCAGGAAAGACUGCAGAUAAACUUAUGGAUGCACUUAAAGACGCCGACCUUCUCCACUGGAAGCACAGUUUAUCUGAGCUAAUUGACAUCAGCACUGCACAGAAGACAGCGAUCUGGAGAUUGUAUGGACGCAGUACGAUGGCAUUGCAGCAGGCACAGAUGCUCCUCAGUAUAAACACUUUGGAUUCCGUUCAUGUGAGCGUCCAGCAGAAUAACACUGAAUCCUUUGCUGUCGUUUUGUGUCAUCUUGCAGACCUACAUGCGGAACAGGGCUGUUUUUCUGCUGCUUCUGAGAUCUUAAAACAUUUGAAAGAAAGGUUCCCUCCAAACUCCCAGCAUGCAAAGCUGUGGAUGCUAUUUGAUCAGAAAAUACAGUUUGAUCGAGCUAUGAAUGACGGGAAGUAUCACAUUACUGAAUCACUUGUGACUGGAAUUACAGCCCUCAACAGCAUUGAGGGAUUAUACAGGAAAGCCGUUGUUUUGAAAGCACAAAACCAAACAGCAGAAGCUCAUAAAAUUCUACAGGUGCUACUGAUUCACUGUCAGAAAGUAAAAAACAUGGAGAUGGUUAUAAGAGUCCUUCUAUCCUUAGCAGAGCUCUACUGGAGAUCUUCAUGUCACCCAGUUGCAUUGCCUGUCUUACUCCAAGCACUAGCCCUAUCUAGGGAGUACCGUUUACAGUACUUGGCCUCAGAGACGGUGCUAAAUGUGGCUUUUUCACAGCUGAUGCUUGGCAUUCCAGAGCAAGCCCUGAAUAUUCUGCAUAUGGCAAUAGAGCCCAUACUGGCUCAUGGUGCCGUUCUGGAUAAGGGCCGUGCAAUGUUUCUUGUGGCUAAAUGUCAAGUAGCCUCAGCAGCAUCAUAUGCACCCCAUAAAAAGACUGAAGCAUUGGAAUCAGCCAUUGUAAAUCUGAACGAAGCUAAAACAUACUUUUGUAAAGUGGACUGCAAAGAACAGAUUCGAGACAUCCUGUAUAUGCAAGCCAGGCUGUACAAUAGUUUAGGGAAAAUUCAAGAGAGAAACAAGUGUGCCAUGCUCUUCCGACAGAUCCAUCAGGAGCUGCCAUGCCACGGGGUCUCAUUAUUAAUCAGUCUAUAAAGUUUUAAAAUGCCAGCCAAGGUUUACUAGGUCCUUGAUUGCAUGGUCGGAUACCAGUCUUAACGUGCAGGAGUAAAAUUCAUCUCUGUGUUCAGAACUCCUUUUAAGGAUACCAUAAUACAAGACAAUUUGCCUAGGUUUAAUAAUGUUCCAAUAUUUGACAUUAUCGGGACACUGGUUGUUAAAGGACCAUACACUGAAAGGAAAAUAAUCUCCAGUGGUGGAAAUGGUUUACCACUCUCCACUCUUGUCCAUAUCGUUUAUGUGCAUUGUGUAUAUUUUGUUCAAUAUCUAACAAAAUGUUCUGGCCAUAGGGUCUAUUUUUUUUUUACAAAUGAGCAAAAAAAAAUAAAAAAAAAAAUGUCUAUACCUGUUAUGACUGGUGGGGCAAAAUCUCUCCUUUGGAAUCCAGAUUUCAAGGGGUAUUUCAGGAAUUGAUAAUGGUGACCUAUCCUAGAGAGAGGUCAUCAUUAAUGCAUCAGCGGAGGUCCAAGUCCCUGCACCCCCACAAAUUAGCUAUUUUGCAGGAGCUGAUACGCUCACCAAAGCCAGCAUCGGGCACCCUUUAAGAGCAUGGUGCCGUUCAUUGUAUAGCGGCUGUGCUUGGUAUUGCAGCUCGGCACCAUUCACUAAUGUGACUGAUGUAUAAUGACAUCACAUGUCCUAGGAAGAGGCGGCAACACCGUCCAUUAACAGUUGAUUGGUGGAUGUCUCGGGUGUCCAACCCCUGCCGAUCUGAUAUUGAUGACCUAUCCAGAGGAUAUCUCCGCCAAUAACAAAAACACUGUGGCGGAGAUUUAUUAAUCGUCUAGACCAGUUUUCUAGUGUAAAAAGUCCCAAGUCCCAGUUUGACACCUCAUUCUAUACGACACUUUCAUCACAUUUGUAAAAAGUGUGCAGGCUGCAGGUGGUAACUCCACAGUCCGACACAUUCAACAAUAUGUGCACCAUAAAACUGGUGCACGUUGCACCCGAAAUACUCCAACUCCAAUUUUAUUUUCAGGUUUGCGCCUGAAAAUUAAUAAUUGUGUUACAGCUCAUGACAGUGCAACACAGAUUAAGAUUGGCAUACAAAACUUUUGUCUAAAUCUCCCCCUGUGUUUGUACACCACGGAUGCCCAACCUGCGGCCCUCCAGCUGUUGCAAAACUACAACUCCCAGCAUCAAUAUCAGACUACAGUAGGGCAUGAUGGGAGUUGUAGUUUUACAACAGCUGGAGGGCCGCAGGUUGAGCACGCCUGUUGUACACCAUUCAUUAAUUUGGUAUAGACUAUUAAGUAACAUCUGGCUGCAGCGCUUUUGACUGAAAAACAAUCUGCUGCAAAACGUAUGUGAAUCCAGCCUUAAAUUUGCAUUGAUUGCAUAUUGUAUAGUAGCUUGGUUGCCAUCAGCCUCGUAUAUGGCAUGUAAUAUAUAUAUAAAAAAUUUCCAGUAUAAAUAUGCUGUAUGCCAGUUUUGGUUUACUCAAUUGUACAUAACGUUUUGUGUAAUAAAGUACAAUGUUAAUUU